AUGGCAAACAAAAAAUCAAGAUUAUCUCGAUAUUUAAGAUUUGGUGGAAGCUCCCGCAGUGAUGCUAAUGGUCAUACAGUCUUUAAGUUUCAAGAACUUGCAGCUGCCACAAGGAAUCUUGCACCAGAAUCCCUUUUGGGCGAAGGAGGAUACGGGCGAUCAUACAGAGGUUGCUUAAAGAGAAGUGGACAGGUAGUUGCAAUUAGACAAGUUAGCGAGACAAGCAUAAGUAACAUCUACAGAUACAAUGAUGAGCAGACAAUGUUUUCGACAAUUCGUAUGUGCAGCCUCUUAGACCAUCCUAACAUAGCCGAAAUGAUUGAAUACUGCAUUAAUGCACAUGACAAAGACCAGAUAUUUCUUGUCUACGACUUCAUGCCGUUGGGAUCCUUGAAGGAUCAUUUGCAUGGUAAGAAGCUUCUGGACUGGAAUACGAGGAUGAAAAUUGCAGCUGGUGCAGCAAAAGGACUUAAAUGCUUGCAUGAUAAAUCAGAUCCUCCUGUAAUCCAUGGAAAUAUUAAACCUUCCAACAUUCUCUUAUGCGAAGGAUAUCACCCCAAGCUGUCAGACUUCCUCGGGUUUAAAGAACGGAUUCCAGAAACUGACGAGUCUAGCCAUCAAAGGUGUUUCGGCCAUCAUUGUUAUCGCCAUGCACCUGAAUACUAUAUGGAUUUUAAACUCACUCAACAAUCAGACAUCUACAGUUUUGGAUUUGCAAAACGUGAAUUAGUGGGCGGCAAUGAAUUCACAACGGUGGCUGAUCCACUAAUGAAAGGCCAUUAUCCGGAGCAAGGCUUAUACCAAGCUCUUUUUCUUGCAGCUGAGUGUUUACAGACUGGAGAUGUCGCUCGGCCUCGUAUAGGAUAUGUUGUGAAUGUUCUAUCAAAUUUAGCUUCUGAAAUUUACAACCCAAAUGCUAUCCAGAUUAACCGAGCAGGCGCACUGACUAUUGGCAAUGUUGAGAAGGAAAGACUAAGAGAUCAAUGGCGACAUGUCUGGUCUACGGUCUUGUUUUGUACUGGCAGGUCCCUUUAUUGA